AUGAGUUGCUCCGGUUUGCUGUGUCUGCACCGUGGGGACCUCCAUCGUGCGUUGUUGCCCCUCUACUGCACCCUCACCGUCCGUGUCCUCAGCCAUGGCCGCCGCAUGAGCCCCAGCCUCAAGCAGAGCUACCGCGUAUUGCAGCUGCCGGUAAAUGAGGACAGCAGCCAAGCCGAUGUGAGGGAGGCCUACCUACGCAUGGCCAAGCUCUACCACCCGGACUCUGGUGCGCCGACGGCCGACGCGGCUCUCUUCGCCCGCAUCGAGGAGGCGUACCGAGCUGUGCUAGCGCACCUUGCGCGCCAGAAAUCCGCGUUGCAGUACACCCAACCAGCUGAAGAGGAGGACGAAGAAAAGAACAAAGGCAGUGCUGUUGCCCACCGGCAAUAUCUCAGCUUCGAGGGGGUCGGCACCGGCACACCCAGCCAGCGGGAGCGCCGGUACCAGCAGUUCCGCGUGGACCGGGCCACGGACCAGGUGCUGGAGUACCGGCGCAAGGAGAUGGAGCGUUCAGCGGCGGACGAGGGAGCCAUGGUCGAGCGUGACAUGCGCCUGCGCAGCCGGCAGAUCAAGAUCACGCAGGCGGUGGAGAGGCUGGUGGAGGACCUCAUCCAGGAGUCGAUGGCGCGCGGAGACUUCCGGAACCUGAGCGGCAGCGGCAAGCCGCUCAACAAGUUCGAGCACAACCCGUACGCCGACCCCACGACACACAACCUCAACCGCAUCCUCAUCGACAACGGCUACCAGCCCGAGUGGAUCGUGACCCAGAAGGAGAUCCGCGAGAGGCUGGCCAAGUUGCGGUCAGAGCUGCUGGAGGCCCGGGGCCGACUCGGGGAGCCCAUGCGGUCCCACGAGCAGCUCCGGUGGCAGGAGCUGUGUGGGAACUUCGCCGUGGACCUGGCCAAGCUCAACAAGAGGGUGGACACGUUCAACUUGAUCGUGCCCUUGCUCAGCCGGCAGAUGGUCCACUUCAGCCUGAAGAGAGAGGUGGAGCGGGCCUUGAGGGAGGACAAGGAACGGAGGGAGGAGAGGAGGAGGAGGGAGACAGAGUUGAGGCAGAUGGAGAGAGAGAGGGAGAGGGAGACGACCCAGGCACGACAGGACGGCAGACAAGGACUGUUGGCAUGGAUGCAGAAUCUAUUGAAAUAGCUACGAGAUACAGACAAACCAGACCACCAGCUCAAGGACGGUUAUAUGGCACAGAGAGAGCUCUGAGUCAGCUGAACAAGUGAACUGAGCAGUGCUGACAUUUAUGAUAUGAAAAAGUGGCCUUUCAGAUUCUCUGACUACAUGAAUACUUUGGGCGGCUAUUAUACUUCGAUGGACACACCUGUCUAUUUUACCUCCUUGCGUAUUUUAAAUAAUAUCUAUUCAAAUCACAAAUGGAUUGGAAACAGUUUGUGUGAUUCAACUUGAGUGUCCUUGAUUUUUUUGGAGCAUGGAGGCCCUGUUGUUAUUGACUAACAUGUUUAUGUGAACAGUGAUUUCUAUUGAGGCUUGAGGUCCACAGAGACUUCCUGAUGAACUCUUACAUUUAAGAAUGGCAGGGUAACUGUCCAAUGCUGCUAAUAUUACAAAAAUGUGUACUGUAUACAUAUGAAAUAGACUAAACCGUUAAUGAAAUGUAUUAUAUGAGACAGAUCACAUCCAAAAUACCUGUAUGCUCAAAUGCUUUACUCUCAAAUGCUGUUUUUGGCAUCUGACCAUGGAAUCAACAACUGAGCACUUUUAUAAAUAAUCAUAAACCAGA